AAUAUUCAUAUGGAUCAGAGCAGAAACUAUUUUAGUGGUAAUAAUGGAGUCAUCAAGAGAAACACUUAAGAUAAGAAAGUCGAUGAUAGUAGGCAGUGUUCAAGAACUGGCUAAAGAAUGCCUCGUCAAGAUCCCACCUCGCUACGAAAGAUUUGAUGAUCAGGAGAAUCCUGUGGUUGACGAUGAUGAGUCGUCUCUUUUAUCGGUUCCUGUGAUUGACCUCCAAAGAUUAAUGGAUUCUGGAGAUUUCAUGGACGACUCGGAGUUGGAGAAGUUGCACGCUGCUUGCAAAGACUGGGGUUUCUUCCAGGUAGUGAAUCAUGGAGUGAGCAAUAAAUUGGUAGAUGGAGUAAAGUUAGAAACUGAAAAAUUAUUCAAACUUCCUUAUGAGGAGAAGAAGAAAUUGUGGCAGCAACCAGAAUCAAAUAAUCCAUCAGAAGGUUUUGGUCAGGCAUUUGUAUUAUCAGAGGAUCAGAAACUUGAUUGGUCGGACAUGUUUGCCAUUUUCACCCUCCCUCUCUAUAUCACAAACAAUUCUUUUUAUGAUAAGCUCCCUCCAAAUCUCAGGGAGAUUCUGAAAGCUUACAGCACUGAAACAAAAAGAGUAAGCAUGGAACUUUUAGGUUGCUUGGCAAAAGCAUUAAAGAUGGAUAGUGAGGAAAUGCAGGAGCUCUUCCAUGAUGGUUUUCAGGCGAUGAGAAUGAACUACUAUCCUCCAUGCCCGGAACCGGAAAAAGCUAUCGGAUUUACGCCCCAUUCUGAUGCUGAUGCUUUAACUAUUCUGCUUCAACUCGAUCAAACUGAUGGGCUACAAAUAAGAAAAGAUGGGAAAUGGGCUCUUAUCAAACCACUUCCAAAUGCUUUUGUUGUCAACGUUGGUGACAUCUUGGAGAUAGUGAGCAAUGGUGUUUACAAAAGCAUUGAGCAUAGGGUGACGGUGAAUUCAACAAAAGAGAGGCUCUCGGUUGCAGUGUUUUACAGUUCCAAUCUAGACUCUAUUUUAGGCCCUGCAUCCACUCUCAUCAGUGCUCAUAAUCCGCCAAUCUUUCGCCAGGUUACGACGAAGAAGUACUACGAGGAAUAUUUUGGUCGAAAAUUGAAUGGCAAGUCAUUUCUUGAUUCCAUGAGAGUUGCAGAUGUAUAGUGUAAUAGAAGGCAGCUUAACUUUUGAGGAAAGUUCUGUUAUUUGUUUGAUCAUGAAACUGGCAAAGCAAUUUAAUUAUAAAAAUUUCAACUGCAUAACACACUAAAUUCACA